GUUUUUGCAAAGUGGUGUUGGUUUACUUCAAGCUACUCAAAAUUAUUUAUGGAUUCCUAUUGGACAAUUAGAUAAUGAUUCUCGGGCUAAAGCUGUUCAACGUUAUGAUGAAGCGAUCAGAAAAUAUCAAGUUGCUGACUAUAAAGUCGCUUCAUCACUUAACAUUCUCAAUCUUAGUCAAAACCUUGUGAUUACCAUGGGUUUAAUGAUUCAGCAAAAUUUCGUUGAUAUGGAAAAAAUGUUGGACUUGUUCGAGGAGCAACAAAGUGUUCAGGAUGCACCCGGUGCCACUGAAUUAAAGGUCACUGAAGGAUCUGUUAUAUUCGAAAAUGUUGGAUUUUCUUAUGAUCCAAGACAUCCAGCAUUAAAAAAUAUUUCAUUCACAAUUCCUAAAGGAAAAACUGUUGCUUUAGUGGGGCCUAGUGGUGGCGGUAAAUCAACCAUUCUUCGACUUUUAUUCCGUUUUUAUGAUGUUCAAACUGGUCGUGUUCUUAUUGACGGUCAAGAUAUUCGACUUGUUAAACAAGAAAGCUUGAGAAAAAAUAUUGGCGUUGUACCUCAAGACACUGUUUUAUUUAAUGAUACGAUUUUAUACAAUAUUCAUUACGGAAAUAUCGAUGCACCGGAAGAUGACGUUUACAAAGCUGCAAAAGCUGCCCAAAUCCAUGAUCGUAUAUUAACAUUCCCGGAUGAACGUGGUUUGCGUUUAAGUGGUGGUGAAAAACAACGUGUGGCGAUUGCAAGGACGAUAUUGAAGAUUAUUCUACUCGACGAAGCUACCUCUGCCCUUGAUACGACCACAGAAAGACAGAUUCAACAUGCACUCGCCAAUAUAACUAAAGAUCGUACGACAUUGGUUAUUGCGCAUCGUUUGA